AUGGCGCCGCAACUCGAACCAUUUUUCAAACAGGUCGAUGAACUGUCCAACUCUUUUAUCGACCGGUUGCGAAAGGCUGUUGCAAUCCCUUCUAUUUCUGCACAGGAUGAGAACAGAAAGGAUGUGUUCAAGAUGGCUCAAUUCCUUGCCGACGAGCUCGAGGGUCUUGGAGCUGAGGUCGAGCAGAGACCGUUGGGCAAGCAACCAGGCAAAGAACAUCUGGAUCUUCCUCCGGUAGUCAUUGCUCGGUAUGGCAACGACAAAAACAAACGAACUAUCUUAGUGUACGGACAUUACGAUGUACAGCCUGCGCUAAAGGAGGAUGGCUGGGCAACCGAGCCUUUUGAAUUGACUGUGGAUGAGCAGGGAAGAAUGUUCGGUCGUGGCAGCACAGAUGAUAAAGGACCAGUUCUUGGGUGGUUGAAUGUCAUCGAGGCUCACAAAAAGGCCGGUGUCGAGCUGCCGAUCAAUCUUCUUUGCUGCUUUGAAGGUAUGGAGGAGUAUGGCUCGGAAGGUCUAGAGGAAUUCAUCCAGGCCGAGAGCAAGAAAUUCUUCAAGGAUGCCGACGCUGUUUGCAUCUCGGAUAACUACUGGCUUGGAACUGAAAAGCCCUGUCUGACCUAUGGGUUGAGAGGUUGCAAUUAUUACUCCAUCAGUGUCUCGGGUCCCGCUCAGGAUCUACACAGUGGUGUAUUCGGCGGCUCCGCUCAUGAGCCAAUGACGGACUUGGUCAACGUACUGUCGAAGCUCGUUGACCCUCAGGGCAACAUCUUGAUUCCUGGACUUAUGGACCUUGUUGCUCCCCUUUCAGAGGAGGAGAAGACUUUGUAUAGCAAUAUUAGUUAUACAAUGGACAAUCUCCAUGAGUCGCUCGGCAGUGAGACGGGCAUCCAUGCGACAAAAGAGAGAACACUCAUGGCCCGGUGGAGAUAUCCAUCCUUGUCCAUUCACGGCAUCGAAGGCGCAUAUUCCGCUCCUGGCGCUAAGACAGUUAUACCAGCCAAGGUGAUCGGAAAGUUCUCUAUCCGAACCGUUCCAAACAUGGAAAGUGAGGAUGUCAACAGACUUGUUUUCGAGCAUGUGAAGGCAGAAUUCGCCAAGUUGAACAGCAAAAACGCCUUGGACGUGUGGCUUCAGCAUGAUGGAAAGUGGUGGGUUGCCAGUCCAAAGCACUGGAACUUUACGGCUGCGAGCAAGGCUGUUAAGCAGGUCUUUGGCGUUGAGCCUGAUAUGACUCGUGAAGGUGGCAGUAUUCCUGUUACAUUGAGUUUCGAGCAAGCGACAGGGAAGAAUGUUUUGCUUCUCCCGAUGGGCAGUUCAACUGAUGCUGCCCAUUCCGUCAACGAGAAGCUCGACAAGAGGAAUUACAUUGAGGGCACCAAGUUAUUGGGUGCUUAUCUCCACUAUGUUGCAGAGGAACCUGCCAUUUAG